GGACUUGAGGUAAAUAUAUUUUGGACUGAUGUGACAAAUAUGAAACUUUCAGGUGGGUUUCCCAUUAUUGUCUGGCUUAAAACUAACAAAUAAUUUCUGAAUUUUCAUCAUACUGAACCUAAAACUUAGUGGUGGGAGUGUAAUGGUCUUGGGCUGCUUUGCUGCUUCAGGGUCUGGACAACUUGCUGCAAUAGACGGAACCAGGAAUUCUGCUGUUUGCAAGACAAUCCUGAAGGAGAAUGAGACGCAGGUACCUCUGCAUCUGCUGCUGUAUUAACACCACGUCACAGCUGAGCCCAACCUAUCUGACUACUGACCACACUUCACUGCUGAUCCUACUUUAGCUGCUGAUUUCUGGUUGUCUGGACCACUCUGCUGUAGCUGGACAUUUCUGACCAUCUGGGUCGGGUAUAAGAAGCAAUCAAGGUCGAAUACAUCAGAGAAAAAUGCUGUCGCUGGGGCGGUCACUCACCAUGAUUCUUUACAAACCCAUGCUUGUAGGACGAAGCCUAAGCAUCAUCGCCAAGCAACAGGAAAAAAAUAAGAAAAACAAAUUUGGACCUCUAAAUGACGAGGACAGAAUAUUCACUAACCUGUAUGGUCGCCAUGACUGGAGACUAAAGGGAGCGCUAAAGCGGGGGGACUGGUACAAGACUAAAGAAAUCCUGCUAAAGGGACCUGAGUGGAUCCUGAAUGAGGUGAAGGUUUCAGGACUGCGGGGGAGAGGUGGUGCCGGCUUCCCCACUGGAAUGAAGUGGAGCUUCAUGAACAAGCCAAGUGAUGGCAGGCCUAAGUACCUGGUGGUAAAUGCAGACGAAGGAGAGCCGGGUACCUGUAAAGAUCGUGAGAUCAUGCGUCAUGACCCUCAUAAGCUGGUGGAGGGCUGUGUGGUGGCGGGCAGAGCAAUGGGAGCGCGUGCUGCAUACAUUUACAUCCGAGGAGAGUUUUAUAAUGAGUCUUCCAACCUACAGGUGGCGAUAAAGGAGGCCUAUGCUGCAGGACUGAUAGGGAAGAAUGCAUGCGGCUCUGGCUAUGACUUUGAUGUGUUUGUGAUGCGGGGUGCAGGAGCGUACAUCUGUGGAGAGGAAACAGCACUGAUCGAGUCCAUGGAGGGCAAGCAGGGCAAGCCACGUCUGAAGCCACCAUUUCCUGCUGAUAUAGGUGUGUUUGGGUGUCCAACAACAGUUGCUAAUGUUGAGACAGUGGCAGUAGCACCAGCUAUAUGUCGUCGGGGAGGCGCAUGGUUUGCCAGUUUUGGCCGAGAAAGAAACUCAGGAACAAAGCUGUUCAAUAUCUCAGGGCACGUGAACUCACCAUGCACAGUGGAGGAGGAGAUGUCCAUUCCUCUGAGAGAACUCAUCGAAAAACAUGCAGGUGGUGUGAGGGGUGGCUGGGAUAACCUGCUGGGUGUGAUUCCUGGUGGCUCGUCCACUCCCAUCAUCCCCCGUUCUGUUUGUGAUGAUGUGAUGAUGGACUUUGAUGACCUUGUGCGGGUUGAGACCGCUCUGGGAACUGCUGCUGUCAUUGUCAUGGACAAAUCUACUGAUGUGAUCAGAGCCAUUGCACGGCUGGUGGAAUUCUACAAACAUGAGAGCUGUGGCCAGUGCACCCCCUGCAGAGAGGGUGUGGACUGGAUGAACUCGCUGAUGUGGCGUUUUGUAAAAGGGGAUGCUCGCACCUCUGAGAUAGACAUGAUCUGGGAGCUCAGCAAACAGAUAGAGGGUCACACUAUCUGCGCACUGGGUGAUGGGGCUGCCUGGCCUGUUCAAGGCUUGAUCCGGCACUUCCGACCAGUGAUGGAGAAACGCAUCUCUGAGUUUAAGAAGACAAGCCCCAAGCAGGCUGAGAAGAGGAGAGAAGUCAUCUAGAGAAUAGAUGCUGUAUAUUGUAUAUAUGUGUAGCCUUUCAGAAACUCACAGAUGCCUCAUUUACUUAAGCACUUUAUUUAUUUAGUACAUACAGUACUGCUUUAAGCUAUAGUCAGGAAUAUUAAGUAUUUUCCUAUGUAGCCUAGACCCAUAUUUGAUUGAAUGUGUUGUUACUUUGGUGAGAUAAUGACUUAAUGUACAAAAGCAAACAAAAGCAAUAGCAGGUAAAACAGUAUUAAGGUACUGUGAGUAUGUGAGCGCAUAGAAUGAAGUAUAAUUUUUUAAUACAUUAUGCAUAUACCAGAAAUUGAACUGAAGAUUGCUAGUAUUUUAAACCAAAGAAUGAAUUAUAUCUAAAUGCUGAAAGACUAAAGACACUGGCAGUGGCAACCACACACAUCCCAAGUUGCAAAAAAUUAUUUCAGGGAGGUACCCCCGGACCUGGAUUUGAGGGGAUUGUCUUUCUCUCCUUCUUUUUCCCACUUGCGACUGGAGGAAAAAAAGUCUGUUUCACCUGCUUGCGCUUUUGAGAUUUGAGAUUUUAUCUGACUUACGGGCAUGUGAGGAGCUCCUAUUGAUAUGCGGUAGACUCCCACAACGCCUGGGAGACUUGGGACAUCUGUAACCACUACUGCACACACUCAGUUAAUGUAAUGAAUUACUCAUCUCUGCCAAUAUAUGGGCUUCAAUAAAGUUAGUUUAAAUCCAGUCUUUUGUUUAACUUAAUUGUAAGCUUCAUGUUGUAAAUUGUACCAUACUAUGUUACAACUAGAAAUGUGACCUAACAUGAAUGUCAAACACUGUUGU